AUGGUUAUUGAUGCACUCUUCGCCAGCUUCCUCUAUCCACUCAAAACGAUUCUACCAGCCGGGCACGUUACUCUAGGAAUCUUGUUUCCUCUUCACGUCAGAACCGCCCAGGAUAAAUGCGGUGAGUUUUACGCUUUCGGCCUUGGAUACACCGAGGCUAUAACUUUUGCAAUCGAGCGUAUUAACAAGGAUACUCAGCUUCUACCAAUUAAUGUGACACUGGGCUUCGACAUUCGAGACUACUGCGACACACCUGUUCUCGCCAUGAAAAAAACCAAUAACUUUGUGAAAAGUAAUUAUCUAAACGAACUGCUUGAAGGACAAGGUGAUAACUGUAAGUCAAAGCUUACAAAAAAUAUGGAUAAUCUAACGGCUCCGAUUUUUGCGGUUAUUGGCACUGAAGAUUCAAGUAGCACAACUUUCGUCUCGAGUUUACUGAAUGUGGCUGACAUUCCAACUAUAAGUCCUUUCGCUACCAGCGAAGAGUUGAGCUCACCGUAUUUUAACUCCUUUUUUCGCACCAUUCCACCGGAUGGCAAACAAGCUAAAGCCAUGGUUGACAUAAUAGAGUAUUAUCAGUGGACGUAUAUUGCAGCCGUAGCCAUUGGCCAUUCCUACGGACGAUACGGCUUACGCGCGUUGGAACGAGAAGCUUAUGACCGAAAGACAUUCUGCAUCGCGUUUUCGGAGUACAUCACGCCUUCGGGAUACAAAGGAAAAAUAACAUCAAUCGUGAGAAAACUCAAAGACGCUGAAAACAUUAAAGUGGUCAUCUUAUGGAGCAACCAUGAACCUGCAAAAAGAUUUCUGGAAGAAGCAUCUGCGCAGAAGCUUGAAGGACGAACAUUUCUCAUUAGUGAAGCAAUAACCUUAAUCAAUCCAGACGUUUUGGAAAAAAUGCUAACAUACUAA